UUUAUUGUUUCCCCCUUUGGUUGUGUUGUUAAUGCUGCUCUGUUAUGGAUUUUAGGUCAGAAAGUUGAUUUGUACUCCGAACUUUGGCAUAAAUGUGCGGGCCACCUGGUUAAUGUUCCUCGCGCAGGGGAUAGGGUUUUCUAUUUCCCUCAAGGUCAUAUGGAACAGGUUGAAGCAUACACAAACCAAGAUGCCCAAGUGGAGAUGCCAAUCUACAAUAUACCUUCUAAGAUUCUCUGCAAGGUUGUCUAUGUUCAGUUAAAGAUUGAAGCUCACACAGACGAGGUGUUUGCACAAAUUACUUUGCUUCCAGAAGUUAAGAGCUUUGUAUCCUCUCCUCACGAGGUGUCAAGUCCGAAAAAAGGAACUUCUCUAACUCUGGCUCCUCGGAAAAGGAAAUCACGUUCCUUUAGCAAGAGGCUCACUCCAUCUGAUACAAGCACACAUGGUGGAUUCUCUGUUCCUAAGCGAAAUGCUGAUGAAUGCUUUCCUCCUUUGGACAUGUCCCAGCAGCCCUCUGCACAAGAACUGGUGGCAAAAGACUUGAAUGGGUUUGAAUGGCACUUCCGCCACAUAUAUCGUGGUCAGCCAAGGCGACACUUGCUUACUAGUGGUUGGAGCACAUUUGUAAGUGCAAAGAAGCUUGUUGCCGGGGAUGCUUGUAUUUUCUUGAGAGGGGAAAAUGGAGAACUUUAUGUCGGUGUCCGCCGUGCAACAAAACCACACAACAAUACAUCAGCAUCUGUGAUAUCUGGCCACAGCAUGCAACACGGCAUACUUGCCAGUGCCUUCCAUGCCAUUUCUACUGGAACCAUGUUUACUGUAUAUUACCGUCCUUGGACAAGUCCUUCUGAAUUUAUAAUCCCUUAUGAUAGAUGCAUGAAGUUGGCUGAAAACAACUUUUCAGUUGGAACAAGAUUCAAAAUGCAGUUUGAAGGUGAAGAAGAACGAAGGUGCUCAAGAUUUGCAGGAACUGUAGUUGGUGUUGACGAUAUUGAUUGCAUCAGGUGGCCUGGUUCAGAAUGGAGAUGUCUCAAGGUGAGAUGGGACUCCACAACAGGUAUUCCUUUUCGUCCUGAACAGGUUUCUCCUUGGAGCAUAGAGCUUGUAGAAGUAAAAAAGAAGCAGCACACUUCUACUCUUCCUCAUCGAAAGAGGUCACGCCCUUUCGACCCAUCAAAUCCUGAGUUUCCUGCUCUGGUCAGUGAUGGCUUAGUGAAGAAGAAUUUAGUCAAGUGUACACCUGAAAUACACUCAGGGGUCUUGCAAGGUCAAGAAAUUAGAGCCACAGGUGCUUAUGAACUGGUUGCAUCAAUACAACCACCCAUACCACAUGUGAUUCCGCAAUCAAAUCCUGAUUGGGGCCACAUGGGAUUGGAGAAUCAUCUGUGCUUUCAGAUGAAUGGCCAGUUUUACGAGUGCCCUGGCAACAUGGUAUCAGUUCCUGGUGGAAAUUUUCUCAAUUCAGGGCUAGUUAACUACUGCCCUCCAAUGUUUACCUCCCAUGGACAUGGCAGUGUUGAAGUGAGUAGAAGCAUGUCUGUUCCAAACAUCAACUCCAGCAGUUCUGUAUCUCAGGACUGGAAGGCGUCUGAAGAGAAAAAAGAAACAGAGGCUCCAGUAGCCUUACCAAAUGGAAGUGGAAGAUACAUGCUUUUUGGGGUCAAUAUAUUUAAUUGUCACCCAGAGCUCCCUUCACCACAAGUUAUGUCGUCUAGUGAGCUUCAUGGUGCUUCUUCUGUCCCUCCAGCAGCAUCUCAGUCGAGCAUUUCUGAAUCUGUCCAGGUCUCGUUGCCGUCUAACAGCAUUUCUGGCAACCUUCCAGAGAAACAAUGCAAGAAGUGUUCUUCUGUUACUAACCGGAGUUGCACAAAGGUACUGAAGCAUGGAACUGCUCUUGGAAGAUCAGUUGACCUUGCACGGUUUGAUGGGUAUGAUGAACUCAUUUGUGAACUUGACCAGAUGUUCGAUUUCAAAGGAACAUUGAUUGAUGGGAGCAGUGGUUGGCAUGUAACGUAUACAGACGGUGAAGGGAACAUAAUGCUGAAUGGAAAUUACCCAUGGCUAAAAUUUGGGUCCAUGGCGCGAAAGCUGUUAAUCUGUCCCAAGGAAGACAUUGAUAAUUUGGAACCAAGCUCACCAAACCCAUCGCUGUUAUAGUUUUUACUUGUCAAGGUGGUUCGUUUUAUUCCAUCAUCCAUAACAUGAAAAGUGUCACACGGGGGAUCAUACAACCUUACUGAUAACUAAAUAAAUGAUGUUGAGAGUCAACAGUAAAUGUAUGUAGCUAUAUAUUGUCUGUGAAUGGUAUGAGUUUCAUUGCAAGGUUGUGGAGAUUUGUAGGAGAGAAAAUGUAUGAGCCUCUUAUUAUACAUUAAACAAUUGCAGCUCUAUGUUGUUUGAGAACUA